UUUCUGAAAAGCCGGCAGAAUGUAAACAAAUAAAAAAUUAAUUUUAACAAAAUAUCCUAGUUGUAUGAAUUGGUUUAUUACAUCACACUAACAAUAUUUCGUAAAACAAUUACCUACUGAAUGCUACUUUACUUUAAAAUAUGUAUGUCAUCAGAUAUUUAUGCAGUUUAAUCGUUUAUUUCGCCCAUGGUUGUACCUGUUCAUAUCCAUUUCAAAAUGUUUCCCUGCCUUGGGACGAUCGUGUCAACGAUUUAGUAAAUAGAUUGUCAUUGCUUGAAAUAAAGGACCAGUUAGCGAAGGGAGGGGCUGGCAUUAAAGGUGGGCCGGCUCCUGCCAUUCCUAGAUUAGGUAUUGGCCCUUACCAAUGGAAUGAAGAAUGUCUACGAGGGAUACCAAUUGCUGGAGAGGCAACUUCUUUCCCACAAGCCAUUGGACUUGCUGCUGCAUUUAGUCCUCAACUUAUAUUUGAUGUAGCAGAAGCAACAGGUGUUGAAGUGAGGGCAAAGCAUACUGAUUAUGUUAGGAAGAAACAAUAUGGUGACCAUAAAGGUUUGAGCUGCUUCAGUCCUGUAAUCAAUAUCAUGAGACAUCCACUAUGGGGUAGAAAUCAGGAGACCUAUGGAGAAGACCCAUAUUUAAGUGGCGUUUUAGCAGAGUAUUUUGUAAAAGGAUUACAAGGUGACCAUGCUAGAUAUGUUAGAGCUAAUGCUGGGUGCAAACAUUUUGAUGUACAUGGUGGUCCAGAAAAUAUCCCAGAACCAAGAUUUUCUUUUGAUGCAAAGGUAUCAGACAGGGAUUGGAGGCUGACAUUUCUCCCAGCAUUUAGAGCAUGUGUGAAGGCAGGAUCAUACAGUCUGAUGUGUAGUUACAACAGUGUAAAUGGAGUGCCAACAUGUGCCAGCCAUAAACUGCUGACCAGUAUUCUUAGAGAAGAAUGGGGCUUUAAGGGUUAUGUUAUAAGUGAUGAAGGUGCUCUAGAAAACAUUAUAUUUUGGCACAAGUACCUGACAUCAGCUGUAGACACUGCUGCAGCAUGUAUCAAGGCCGGCUGUAAUAUAGAAUUGUCAGCAAAUAAUCCAGUUAUCUAUGAUGCUAUAAUUGAUGCUGUAAAUCAAGGGAAAUUGUCAGAGAUUCUAGUGCGGGAGCGUGUAAAGCCUCUAUUUUAUACCCGCAUGCGUCUGGGAGAGUUUGAUCCGCCAGAGAUGAACCCUUAUCUUCAGUAUAACCUGUCAGUUGUACAGAGUCCAGAACACAGGCAACUAGCUGUCAAAGCUGCCAUGCAGUCAUUUGUUCUACUGAAAAAUGAUAACAAUUUGUUACCUAUAAAAAAGCACUUUAAAAGAAUUGCAAUAAUUGGACCAAUGGCUGAUAAUUUGGAGCAGUUAUAUGGUGACUAUGCACCUGAUAUAGAUACAAAAUAUACAAAAACACCAUUACAAGGUUUAAGUGCUAUGUCAGACUCUGUAAGUUAUACAGCUGGUUGUCAUGACAACAAAUGUGAGAAUUAUUCAUCAAGUGAUGUAAAAACUGCCGUGAAAGAUGCACAGCUAGUGGUGAUCUGUGUAGGAACAGGUCAAGAGUUAGAGUGUGAGGGGAAGGAUAGACCAGAUAUGAACCUGGCAGGGAACCAGCCUCAACUUAUCCGUGAUGCAGUUGAUGCUGCACAUGGAAGUCCGAUCUUGCUGCUUGUGUUCAGUGCUGGACCAGUCAAUAUCAGUUUUGUAGACAAAGACACUCGUGUGGAGGCUAUAAUGCAGUGUUUCUUCCCUGCACAAGCUACUGGAGAAGCCUUGUUCAAUACUGUUACUAUGGCAACAGAAGAUGCAAGUCCGGCUGGUAGACUACCAUACACCUGGUAUAACACCGCAGAUCAGAUCCCAUCAAUGACAGAUUACUCUAUGAAAGGGAAGACGUACAGAUAUUUUAAAGGAUCACCUCUCUAUCCUUUUGGAUAUGGUUUAUCAUAUUCUAACUUUGAAUAUGUAAAAAUGUCCGUGAAACAAUCAAUUAUAGCUGGAGAUAACCAACUAGUGUACGGGCAUGUAACAAACACAGGGAUGAUUGAUGCUUAUGAGGUUGUUCAAGUCUACAUGUCUUGGUUGAAAACAAAUGAAACAAUGCCAAAUAUACAGCUUGUUGGAGUACAAAAAUUGUAUAUAAAAUCUAGUCAGACACAAGAGUUCCAGUUUACCAUCUCUCCAGAACAAAUGGCUGUCUGGACAGACAAGGGAUAUGUCGUACAACCAGGUAAAAUGGCAGUGUAUGUAAGUGGGCAGCAACCACAUCAGACAAGAACCACUGGCUCAAAUGUUUUACAAGCAAACUUUCAAAUUGAAGGGGAAAAACACCUUGGAAUGUUUUAAAUCACUUGUUCGUUGAAACUUUUGACUUUGAAAAUUUGAUAUACCCCAGUGUUUUGAUAUAAAAUUUCUAGUCUUCAUAGUCCUGGAGAACAGUUUCAGUUUCAGUUAAAUUCAUAGUUCAGUUCACUGCACAGUUCAUUUGAGCAAUGACUUAUUUUGAUAUACAAAGAUUGACACCGCAUUUGUCUCUCUUUCUGAUAAUGCAUAUAAGGUUUAUCCCCUUCGCCCAAUAUCCUAUUAAAUUGUUAAGUUGCACAUCGUCCCUCCUUCCCAGUGUUAUCAUUUUUUGGAACAGUUUUUCAUAGAAAGUUUAUGUAUAAAAAGAUACAUAUUCAAAGUCCACAUAAUAUGUAUGUAAUUACAAAAAUGGAAAUGUGCAAAUUUUUGUGUCAAAAUAUUAAGGCUGCAUUUUUCAUUAAAAAAUGCAAUACCUUUAAAAAAAAAAGAUAUUUUCUGAAAACCAAGGACUGUGUGCUAAAAAUUAAUGAUACCAUUAAAUGUUACUACUAGACUUUAACAUUCCAUAUAUUGUGCUCAUAAUAAAAUUUUGUUAUGCCUGGCAUUGAUGCAAUUGGGAUUGUGUGAUAGAUUUUUCUUCAUAUUAUUAUGAUAAUCAUAUUACAUGAGUGUUAAUCAAAAUGCAGUAAAUAUUGGUAUAAUUAUAUCCAAGAUAAUGGUAAAAAAUAGUUGAAACUGAAUUGAGAAUUUUUACAUAUUUGUCAUUUUUUGUGUCUAAUUUUUAGGAUUUUUUUACAUGCAUUUAUUUAGUAAAAACCUGAUUACAUGAACUUUGUUUUAAGUCUCACUAUUCAUAGUAACCUAUAUGGAUAUUUUAAUAUUUGAUGUUCUCUGUAUGUCAUUACAGCUUCAUUCUUGUGUACCGGUAAUCAACUUACAAGCUUUUUUUUCCUAACUUUGAUUAAUUCAAUAUCAUGUUAUAAUUAUUUAUAUAUUUAUGAUUAAUUGUUUCUUAAUUGAGGUAUUUGGUGUGUGUUAAUUUUCAAUGUGAUUUUUAUAGUCUCACAGCUGACAAUUAGUAAAUAGAUCUUGACCAAUUGGUGCUUUAUUUUUUAUAUAUUAUAUACAUGUAUUCUUUUAUAUGUAUUAACAGAACAGAAGUGUUCUACUUUGAUUAUAAAGUUAAUUAUAACAAAAA